GCUCUUUCACUCAGCCGGGUCAUACGUUUUCAAAAUAACUAACCAAAGUUUGCCAACAGGAAUGAAUGCAGAUGUAAGUCGAGAAAAGAAGAAGCCGAUCUACGAUAACUAACAGCAUUAAAGUUCGUCAUGAGGAGCUGGUGGACGCGCCUAAGUGUUUUAGGCGCAGCUGGUCUUGGCUCGACCUUCUGGUGGCAGAAGAAAACCGACCCUGUCCAGACAGAUUUGGAUUCGAGCAAAACGUCUCCAAGCUCCGGCCAGUCCUCGUCUCAGUACGAGCUUAAACUUGUCCAAGUUUUGUUUAGGCAUGGAGCGAGAACACCACUGAAAUCUAUACCGGAUGUUUUGGAGGCACAGUGGGUUCCUGACCUGCUGGAGGUUCCAGCUCACACCAACAUCGAUUAUAUGGUUACAGAUCUACAGGGUGGCCCUAGACCCCCUGCACCAGUGGAGGACAGCUACAGAGCCAAAACACUGGCAGGUGGUACACAUCCAGGUCAGCUGACCACAAUGGGCAUGCAGCAGAUGUAUGAUCUUGGCGUGAGGCUGAGGAAGCAAUACAUACAGGACGUGGCCUUCCUCACCCCUUCCUUCAGCCAUAAAGAAGUUUACAUUCGGUCAACCAACAUUGUUCGCACCAUUGAAUCAGCCAAGUGCCUGGUGGCAGGGCUCUUCCAGCAGAAACAGACAGAAAUUGUGCCCAUCUUCACUGAGGAAGCAGAGAGAGAAGUCCUCUACCCAAACUACUAUGGAUGCAAACUGCUGAAGCUGCACAGUGGUUAUCGCUGGGCAGAGUCGUCUACGUUGCCGGACAUUGCCUCAGAUCUUCGGAGCAUUCAGAGUGCUCUGGGCAUCCAGUCUCACCAGCGACUCGAUUUCAUCCACAUCAGAGAUGACAUGGUGGCCAGAGAGACUCAUGGUUUGCCAUGUCCUGCAGUGCUGGACAGCUGGAGGGCCAGAGUAGAGCAGAGAGCUGUGGAUAUGAUCUAUCACAUCUUUGAUCCCAGUAACAGGGAGAUUCUACAGCUGUGUGUUGGUCCUUUCCUCCACAUUCUCCUCAACAACAUGGAGAUGAAAGUGCAGGGUAGUGCCUUGGAUGGAGACAGGAAGCUUUUCCUGUACUCGGUGCAUGAUACCACGCUGAUGCCGUGCUUGAUGGCACUGGGUGUGUUUGAUAUGAGAUGGCCACCGUAUGCUGCUGACAUUACCCUGGAGCUGCACCAGCACCAGCAGACCAAACAGUAUUAUGUCAAAAUUUCUUAUGUCGGUCAGGAUCAGAAGAUCCCUGGCUGUAGUGAUGUUUACUGUCCACUGGGAGAGUUCAAGCAGGCACUGGCCAUGUAUGCCCUGACCGAGGAGAGCUAUCAUACCCGCUGCAACAGCACACAAGACGUCCCCAGCCAGUCACCUCGCAACACCUCUCGCCUCUGAGAGUACAGCGUCCACCACACAUCUGCUUUGCUUAUGCAUAUAACUUCAUGUUUAAUUUCCAGUUUACAUACACAAAGUGAGUCAAUCCUCAUUUUCUAAAGUCUUCAUGUUAUAUUGCUCUGUUCUAUCUGUGGCAGACAGAGUGAUGCAUUUUAGUUUAGGACCGUCAGUGAUCAGCAAUGAUCAGCAUUUAUUAAUGCAGAAGAAAAAGACCAAACAGGCAUGUUCUUGUUUGAAGAGCAAUCCCUUUAACUUUUCCUUUUACAGUGAUUUUCAUCAUGUUUCUAUAGAUAAUAACGAUUUGCUAGAAAGACCCCAUCACAGGCCAGAAAGGGAAAUGGCUUAAAAAUUGAGCUUUAUUUAUUCUUCUAAGGUAAUCGCCAAUCUCUCACUGGUUAGCACACAGUAUUUCAUAUAUAUUUGACUGUCCAUGUACAAGAAAUCACUGUGUGUGUGAAUGUGUGCAUCAUGUUCUUCCCUCUGUAGGGACCAUUUUAUUGCACUGCUAGUGCAUGUUUGUCUGUGUAGUGAAAGAUGUGUUCCUUACUUUAUUGCUAUGUAGAAUGUGCUUUUUUCUGAUGUGUUGUUUUAAGAGCUUGUGAAGGAAAGUGUGGACAGGCAUGGUGUUGAUAUUCUAAAUGAAUGAGUGAGCUGACUUUAAAUGUUUUUGUUCAAAAAACUUUAAUCACAAGUGACUUAACCUCAUUCACUUGCAACACUCCAUGCACUUUAUUCAUAAUGUUUAAUAUAAAAAUGUUGAGAGAUCAAGUUCCUACUUAAAGAUGCACACAAAAAAAUUCAUUUUGUUCAGUUGCUCUGAAUAGACAAAAAGUUUCUGGACCAGUCUACCAAACCACGGUCUCACACACAAAAAAAAAAAAUUAAGUAUUCAGACCUCUGAUAUUUACAAGGAUUAUGUUAUCAUCUAUUUAAACACAAGGCACUGACUGAAAUAGUAAUACACUAAAUAUAAGCAAAAACAUAAUUUAUUGGGUACUUUCAAGUGAAAAUACAUUCUAUUUAGGAUUUUGGUUUUUUUUUAAAUAAAAUAAAAAAUAAAAUAAAAAUGUAUUAUUAAAAAUUCCUGUUUUACAUUUCCAUGUCACUACCAAAACACAAAGAGUUUUAGUCCACAGGCAGAUCUGUGUUUUCACCACACCCUGCAUUUUAGAGGAGGAAGUGAAAUUGCAUCAUUGUCACUGUCACAUCACUGGUUUGUUUGAAAGUGAAUGUGUCCCAAAGUCUGAAAAUUGGUGUGUAACUUUUCAGAAUUAUCCUUACUGAAACACAUUUUCUGUCAUUAAGUAAACUUUUUGUGCGGUGUUUUAAGCUGUAUUUCCUGGUCAUGUACUGGCUAGCAUUUUUGAGUCAUGCUCAGAAUGAUCUAAAAUUGUCUUUACUGAAGGUUUCAGUAGUGUGAAUAUUUUGUUAGUGACUAAAUUAAGUAUUCAGUAAUUUCACCUGAAUACUAAGUCAGCUAAAAGUCCAAAAAGUUUUGAACUGACAUUGAACCAAUUGGUAGAAUGGUCUUUAUACAAAAUGGAUACAAAGCACAUCACAGAUAACA